AAGUACCAAAAACCAGGAAAUGAAAGUUUUUGUCAAAUAAUUUCUACAAAAUGAAUAUUCUAGAUGGAAAUAAGAUUUCCUUUUUGGAAAAAUGCCCGUCAGACCGUUUGCUUGUGUUCAUCCAUGAAGUAAUUGACAACCUGUGUGAGAAGAUAGGACCAAAGUAUCAGGACUAUUCUGAGUUCUGGAGUCUGGAGGAAUGGUGGGAUGUAGUCGACCAAGUUAAAAUUGCUUCGAAAUCUGUAGUCAAAAACCAAUGGACCAAAGAUGAGGCUGAGAAGGAGUUAAAGUCUUUAGAUGCCAGUCUCCAACAGCAGCUGCUGACAGCUAUACAUCUCCGUCAAGAUGAAAUACGCCAUACAUUAGUUAAUAGCACCACUGCUAUAUCUCAAGCACAUUUAAAAGACUUUGAUUGGCAGGUCAAUCUGGUAAUGUCAAGUGACAAACUGUCUUCAAUCCAGGAGCCCAUCUUAAACCUUGAUCUUGACAUUCAAAGAGAUAGCGAUACCAAAAUAACAUCAGUAGAACUCGACAAACAAGACUUAGUCAAGAUGAUUUCAACUUUAGAAGCUGCAAAUAAGGCCGUCUCCCACUUGAAAUCUUAGCAGAAAAUCUAAACUGAGCAUGGAAAACGAAAUCAAUUGAACUAUAAUGUGACUUAGCUGCUCGGACAGUGCAAGUAUAUGCCAGUGAAUUUGUCCUCUCACAAGGAUGACUACCUGUUUAUUGGACAGUGUCUGUGUUGACAAAAUGGGUGUAUAUGUGCAUAUUCCUCUCAAAGUAAUGAUCAUUCAUGUUAACUUGUUAGGACCAAGUCUUAGAAUUGCUUUCCCAUAUUCAUGAUGUGGCAUAUGUAUCUUUUAUCAGUGAUUAUAGAUGAGGUAAUGUAUGUUGUAGGAGGAGUCCUCAGUGAUGCUGAUGGUCAUCAGUAAUACAAAACACUCCUCCAGUGGUCACUGAGGGAUUGUCUCCAUUUUAAACUGGCCGAUUUCACACUAUCAUUCUUUAUGGAGCGAGUAUGUAUAACAUGUGGUGGCAGUCUUAGGACAAAAUAUCAGCAGAGGAAUCCUCUAAAGUGUCAGGUUUGAUCACUUUCUUAUGGUCGUGAGAAAUAAAUUCAUAUUUUGUAAUCUCUGGAA